UUGCUUUGUCUCCAACUCUAUUCUCACUCUACCAAUAAGCAGCUCACGUUCAUGGGAUUUGAGCUUGAAAGAUGUAAGGUUGUUCUUGUUGGAGACUCCGGCGUUGGAAAGUCCAGUCUGCUUCAUCUGUUAUGUCAUCAACAGCCUUUACUGAACCCGUCAUACACAGUCGGGUGUAGCUUGGAGGUGAAGAUCCACCAAUUUCGACCACAAUCCAACGAAGAGAGGCCGUUCUUCAUCGAACUUUGGGACGUUGGUGGAUGUAAUGCCCAUGCCAAUGCAAGGUCUGUCUUCUACCAAGGCGCGCAUGGGUUGAUUUUAGUGUACGAUUGUACCAACAGUAAAUCGCAGGUGAAUCUACGAAAGUGGUUGUCUGAGGUACUUCAAAAGACUCCAAAUGGUAGUAUGGAAGCUGUCAAUACGCACACUUCAACUGUUGGAGGAGGGAAAGCUCCCAGUUUGUUUAACUACUGGUCACAAUCCGAUUUCACAUCUGGAUUACGAUUUCGUACACUAGAGGGUAGGAUGGAUGACGGAAGCUUGAAACAACUGGACACCCCGAGCGGCCUGUUUCCAGUCUUGGUCAUUGGAACGAAGGCGGACCUGUUGGAUUCAGUAAGCAGGCAGCAGCUUAGUAAGAGAGCCGACAUGUCACCGAGCUAUCGAACAGUACCCCCCUCCAGCUUAUCCAGUUCUUUCGAGUGUGUUGGUCGGAUGUCUGAGGAUUGUACAGUGCCUCGUUCUGGGUCUAUUCUCAGUCGAUCAGCAUCGAACGAUUCACUUCGUCACACUAACCCAACCAGUAGUGUUUACAUCAAUUUGGGCGCAUCAGCGUCGUUCUCUUCUGGCUCACGGCUGUUAAAAGCACCAGCUGAUAAAGGAAGUACCAAAUUCUCGGAUGAUCAUGGAUUUCCCGAAAUAAUACUGCCAUUGAUGUGGACCGUCUCGGGAUCCUCAUCCAGGAAGGCGGCAAUGACCAGCGCAGCUGAGUUUGCUGGCAAUGGCUUUCAUACUUCACUGCCAAGUUAUUGUUUGACCGCCUCUGGUUCUCUUCCACCCUUCACAUGGUUGUGCGAAAAGAGCCCUUCGAGGAAGUCGUUCGACUGGCAUACACAGUAUGUGGCCAAUCCAGCGCAACCGAUGCAGUGUGAUCAGUUCAUCUAUGGAGGAAUUGCUGAUCCAGUGUUCCCACCAGAUUCGGACAAUGCUCCGAAGACAUCGAUGGUCAAACACUGA